AUCACCGAUGAUCGAGACGCCGUGGGAGCACAAGGUGCACGCGUUCGCGAUCUUCCGCUCCAUCUACGGCCACUGCCGCGUGCCCUCGAACUACCGCGUGCCCGACGCCGAGCCCUGGCCGGCGCACCUGCAUGGCGCGGCGCUGGGCAUGAUCUCGGCCAACGCCCGCAACGCCAUCAAGAUGCAGGAGCCGGACCGCUUCGAGCUGCUCGAGGCGCUUGGCUUUGUGUGGUCGCCGACCGAGGGCAUCGAGCGCACCGUCGUCAGCGUCUUUGGCAAGCUGCGCCUCCAAAAGGUUGAGCUCUCGGCGCUCGUGGCCGCGCUCCAAACGUACCACGACCAGCACGGGCACUUGCAGAUCCCGCAGAGCUUCAUCGUGCCUGAAAAUUCGGAUGCGUGGCCGGCGGACGCGGCCAACGUCGCGCUCUGGUACGCGCCGCAGACGCUCCGCUGCUACUUUUACGAGCUAAGCGUUGACGACGUUACGACGUUGCACCGCCUCUCGCUCUGCACCGACCUGCCGCCGUGGCGCGACGUCCAGCGCCUCCUCACGCUCUACGCGGCCAACGUCGACAGCAAGAUCGUACCGAUCGAGUACGUGGUGCCCGCGACGGACGCAUGGCCGUCCGAGUUCCAUGGCGUCGGCCUCGGUGAGCUCGUGUGGUUCCUCGGUAUCAAGCGCGAGGUGCUGCCGCGAGACAAGCGCCUCCAGCUCGACGAUUUUGAGCUGACUUUCCAGUCGCCCGAGACGUGGGCGGCCAUCGAGCGUGGUGUCGACGCGUACAAGGCCAAGCUGGAGAAGGCGCACGUCCCCGCCGACUUUGUCGUGCCAGUCACGGACGACUGGGACGCCUCGUUGCAGGGCAUGCGUCUCGGCUACUACGCAGGCAGGCUCCGGCGGGCCAACAUGCUGCUGCUGCGCAACGCGCCCAAGCAAACGCUCCCGAACGCGCCAAAUGAAUCGCCGACGUCGAUCAAGCGCAAGCGAGCGGACGCAGACGACAGUCGGCCGCUGCGCCUCCGCGUCUCGUGGGCGGACAAGAUGGACGCGCUCAUUACGUACCGGUCGAUCUACGGCCAUUUGAUCGUUCCGAUGACGUUCACCGUCGACGUCGAGGACCGUCGGUGGCCGCGGCACCUGCGCGGCAUGACGCUCGGUGCGUACGUGACGGCGUUCCGGGCGACGAUCCACCUCCAGUACGCAGAUCGCAUCGCCGACCUCGACGACCUCGGCUACAUUUGGGUCAACAAGCUCCGGCAUCUGCGCCUGCCGUGCGUCGGCUGCACCAAGUCCUUGUCGCUCGUCGACCUCGUCCAAACGCUCCAAGUCUUUUACACGCUCUACGGCCACGUCGACGUACCGGUCGGGUUUACCGUGCCGGAGGACUCGCCGCCGUGGCCACGCAAAACGAGCGGUCUCGUCGUGCACGAGAUGCUCCGGCGCCUGCCGCACCACUUUUACGAUCUGCAUCUCGAUCAGCAGACGGCUGUCCACUCACUCGGGCUCUGCAAGGACCGCCCGCAGUGGCCCGAGCUUCUCCGACUCCUCCGCAUCUUCAAAGCCCGCUUUGGCCAUGGCAGCGUUGGCCUCGACUUCCAAGUGCCUGCCUCCCCCGACUGGCCCGCGCAAUGGAACGGUCUCGCGCUGGGCGAGAUCGCAUUUGGCGUCGGGCUGCGGGCCGCGGGGCUCGCUCCCGGCGAGGAGGAGCAGCUGGCAGCGACAGGCUUCGUCUUCAACAGUCCGACGACGUGGGCGCGCAUACUUCGUGGGCUGCACGCGCACAAGGGCGUCCACGGCAACAUUAACGUCGAAGAGACCUUUGUCGUGCCGACCGACGACGACGCAUGGCCCACCGACCUUGGCGGACUGCAACUCGGACGCUGGCAUCAACGCCUCCAGCGCGCCCGCGACCUCCGGCAACUGCCAGCGUCCGUGCAGCUGGAGAUCGAGCGCCUCGAGACCCGCCAUGUCGGAAGCCGCGACCAAAGAGACCUCUCGGCAGCGCUUUGGGCCCACGUGCUUGCGGCGCUCACGACGUACCGCGCCGAGUUUGGAGACGCCAACGUGCCCGACGACUACGUGGUGCCACCCGAGGCGACCGACCUCGAGCGGCGAGGCCUUCACCUCGGUGCCGUGCUCGGCGCUCUCCGGACGCAGCCGUGGAUUGACCCUUCGCACAAGGCGGCGCUGGAGGCGCUCGGCUUUGAUUGGACCGAUGCGCCGGUGGACAAUGAGGACAAUGAGGACGGCGUCAAGCUGGAUCCGAACGAGACCGAGGGCUCGGAAGUGUCGGUCAGAGCUCGAACGCAGCGUCCUUGGGACCAGAAGAUCGAGGCUAUGAUUCUGUACCGGCGGGAGCACGGCGACUUGGCGGUGCCGACCUCGUACCGCAUCCCGGCGGCGGCGCCGUACCCGCCGCACCUCCACGGCCUCUCGUUGGGCAUCCUCGUCUCUCAGCUGCGCUACUCGAGCGUUUUGCUGCCGCCGGAGCGCCAGCGCAUGCUUGAUGCGCUCGGCUUCCUCUGGCGCACGACGCGGGGCGUCACGCGCGCCGUGAUGCAGUACGCCGACUCUGGCAAGCUCCACGCGCGCAACAUGCGCUGGGACCCGCUCUUAACGGCGCUCGUGACCUUCAAGAGGCUCCAUGGGCACCUCAAGAUACCGCCGGGCUUUGUCGUGCCGGCCGACGACGACGCGUGGCCGGCCGCGUCGCAGGGCGUCGUGCUCGAGCACGUAAUUCCGUCGCUCCGAGCGCACAUUUACGAGCUCACGGACGGCCAGUCCCAGUGGGUGCGGUCCGCGGGCAUCGUCACCGACAUCCCGGACUUUCGGACGUUUGUGGAGCUCGUCAAGAUGUACCGCGCCGAGUUUGGCUCGGGCGCCGUGGCCCGCGACUUUGUCGUGCCGUCGUCGGGCGGGCCGUGGAUCGACGCGUGGCGCGGCCUCUCGCUCGGAGACCUCGCGUGGUCGUGGUUUGCGCACAACUACGGCGCACUGCGGGUGCCGAGUGCGUUUGUCGCGCCAGCGUCGUGGCCCGCGGACAUUGCCGGGCUCCGGCUCGGGUACUGGUCGGAUCGCACGCGCGUCGCGCACCGACUGUCGCUACUGCCACCUGCAACUGCGGCUGCCGUCGGCGAGCUCUGGGCGCAGCCGACGACCAGCAGCGCGCAGCCGUUUGUCGCGCCGCGUACUGGCGCCGAGGUUGAAGCGGUCAAGGGGCGACUGCGCGCGAUGGGGCGAGUGUUGCGUGAGGUCCUCGGGUCGGCGCGCCUGCCUCCGACGUUUACGAUUCCCGCGACCGGCGUCGCGUGGCCAGAGCACAGCCACGGCUUUCCGCUAGCAGAAGGCGUUCGGUGGCUCCAGAGCCAGCCACGAGCCGGACACGCGGCGCAAGCACGCACCCCGAUUCAUCCGUCGCCUCGCAAUAAUCUCAAGGUGCUGGAACCGAGGCCUCAGGGACAGCCGCUGACGCCGGUGGUCGCAACGACGGUGGCAGGUCGCCGACUGGCACAUAAAAGCUCUUGCGAUUGCGAUUUACCGAGCUCUGCACGGCGCGGCCGAAGUGCCGCGGACUUUGUCGUGCCGUCGGUUCAGACGCGGCAGUGGCCGGAAGGCUGUCGCGGCAUGCGCCUUGGCAUCAUCGUCUCCAAGAUCUGCAGCUACAAGCGCAUGUACGAUGUCGCGCGGGAGGCCGAUCUGCGCGCCGUUGGCUUGACGUGGCGCUCGACCGCGCCGUCUUCGCGCUGUGUCGUGCGAGACGCGUCAUCCAGCGACCGCGUCGUGCUCACAAUCGACUUGUCGGUGCAAAUCGAGGCGCUGGCGGUGUACCAUCGCCUGCACGGGCGCGUCGACGCGAUCCCGCUGGAUUUUGUCGUGCCGGCCGGCGACGACGCGUGGCCGCCGGGCGCCGCCAACAUUCUCUUGGCGUAUGUUCCGCCGUCGCUCCGGUACCACUGGUUUGAGAUCCCGCCCGAGAUGGAACGGAUGCUGCGAAGCCUUGGCCUCUUCUCGGACGUUCCGCCCUUUGACGUCUUUGUGUCGCUCGUCGACGCCUACCGGCGCGUCGUCGGCGAGGCGUCCGUGCCGCUUGACUUUGUCGUGCCCACGACGCUGGCCUGGCCCACGCUGUGGCACGGUGUGCUCUUGGGCGAGCUCGCGUGGUACGUGGGCCUCCGCGCGACCAAGCUGCUGCCGGAACAGACUGCCAAGCUGCGCGCGAUCGGCUUUCGCUUCAAUUCGACAGCAACGUGGGCCCACGUGGUGAACGGUCUCCGCAUCUUUUACCGGCUCCACGGCCGAAAGCCCGUCCCGUCCGAGUUCGUGGUGCCGUCCGACCCCGAGUGGCCCCCCGACCUGCACGGCACGCGGCUUGGUCACUGGGUCGAGUGCAUGACGACGGCCAAGCGAAUGCUUCUGCUGCCGCGCACGACGAUCGAGGCCAUUCGAGUCGCUGCGGCCGAUGCCCAUCCACCCGCACCGACCUCGACCCCACCGACACCGGUCGCGCCCUCGCCCAUCGUCCACUUCGACGCCAAGCUCGCCGAGCCGAUCGCCCUUCGCGCGUUCAAGCGGAUGAACGGCCAUUUGGAGGUGCCGCCGACGUUUACCGUGCCCGAGAACGACCGCGCGUGGCCGUCCAUGACGUGGAAGCUCAAACUGGGGGUGUUCGCCCAGCGCCUGCGCAGCGACGACGCCAUGCCGCCGACCGUGCGCGACCAGCUCUCGGAGCUCGGUUUUGUGUUUUUCGACGAUGCCCAUCGCCAAUGGAUUGCACACCUGCAGGCGCUCGAUCUCUGGAUGCGACUGCGCUCGCCGCCGUCCGAGUACACACGCCUCGGCGACGUCUCGAGUGCGUGUCCGGAGAAACUGCAAGACGUCAUGGUCGGCGCGUGCUUGCUCUCGCUUGAGAUUGGGCAGACGUUUGCGACCAUGAACCACCGGUUUGAACUCCGCGUCCGCGGCAUCGACCUCGACGCUCGGUGGCUCUCCAAGCUCGAGGCGCUCGCGACCUUCAAGGCCCUCUUUGAUCAUUUGCACGUGCCCCGGGACUUUGUGAUUCAGGCUGUCGCCGUCUGGCCAGCGGCCGCCCACGGAAUGGAGCUCGGCUUGGUGGUCAUGUGGCUGCGGCAGUUGACGCCGGCCGGUGUCGUGCCAUCGGCGCUGGCGCAACUGGACGCGCUCGGUUUCGAGUGGGACGAGGUGCCGCUGCAAGCGAUUCCCAAAGGCAUGGAGCUCCUCGCGGCCGAGUUUCCGACGCACCCGCCCACGUCGUUUGCCGUGCCGGCGACGUCGCCGUGGCCACGCGACCUCUGGGGCGCCGACUUGCUGCUGCUGGACGCCAAGCGCGAAUCGUGGCUCGCUGAAAUGGAAACCAAGUACGUCGAGUCGCUGGCGUUGCUUCAAGUCCCGUCGCCCGUCGCCCCCGAGUCGACGGGCAAGCGCGUCUACUCGGCCGUGCUCGUGCUUCAGUGCAUUGAGCACUACAUGGCGCUCCACGGUGAUUCGCACGUGCCCCUGCUCUUUCACGCGCUUUCUUGA